AUGCUCCACCUACUGCCUCCGGAAGUUCUGGAAAAUGUGCUCGGCAACCUGGAGACGCUAAAUGAUCUCCUAGCACUGUCCCACACCUGCCACUUUGCCAGAUCAGUGGUGUUACACAACGACCAGCGAUUCAAACCACAUGUGCAGCAUUUGUGUCAGUACAUGACCCCAGUCUCGUCAUGGCACUCCAGCUUGCUCAGGUUGCCACGCAACGCAAACAACCUCGGUACUCCAGUAGACGACACCUGGACCAUGUCCCCAGCAGUGUUUGCAACAGAGCCGACCAAAGACCUGCUGAGACUCCCUCACGAAAGAUUACAGACUCAUUUCAACAGAUCACCGCAACAAAUCACCCAUCUCUUUCAUGAUGUGAGACACAGAUCAUUGUAUGGACCUAUUCCAGACAGCCAAGACACGCUGUUUGAGCUUCGAUCUGGCGUGGGACCGGUUACCCGAAUCAACAUGUCCACCAUGUCCAGAUCAAAGGCGCCUCCACACUCGUGUCUGCACCAUCUUGAUACAAAAGUCGCCAUCAUCGAAAAGUUCCCCCAGCUAAACAGACUCAACCACAUGAACAAACGGGUGGUCACUGGCUCAAGACAACAUCUGCGAAAUGUGACUACUGAGGUUUUAGUAAUCGAUAAUGACGGAGAAGCCGUGCCUCUGGCUACUUUCACAGACACCAUUUCGUGCAGAGGAGAGCCUCAUGGUUCUCUUUGUCUUUCUGUGGCGGUUUGUGGAACUUAUGUUGCGUGCAUUGUAGGCUACUCCCUGUUCCUGUUCACAAAGAGAGACGAUCAGCUGUACUUGGCUGAUUCGUAUAAGUUGGACGCGCUUUACUCUCCCGUGUCUGAUUCACACAACCAGGAGUGCCUGUUGUUACAGCGGAGUCGAAGCAGUGGCCCCGGACAUGAUAUUCUGUUCAAUAUCAGCUCCAAGACGGUAUCUGUGGUAGAGGGUGGUAUCUAUGCCAUCAGCAUAGAUACGAAUGUCUGGCGCUUUGACGACGCCUUUCUCCAGCAGUGUUCAGUGUCUCCACAAGAAGAGAUGCACUGGACUUCGGCUGAGGUUAUGUGUGGUUGA